AUGGAUAAGGAAAAGGACAAACGCAGUCUUUAUGACGAGGCGUUAGACCGCUUCCGCAAAGACUCGGCCGAGCGCUAUACAAGCACCAAGGACGCCGAGUUGCUGAGGGAGUUUCUCCGCGAGAGGGCGACCCCUGAGGAGACGAAGCGUGCCGCCGAAGCCCUGCAGGGCGAUGCGGGCAAGAAGUGGGGAGGUCGCAAGGCCGGCGACGUUGAGAUCCCCGAGUCGUGGAUCGCCAACAUCAUGGGCAACAUCGAGAACUUCGUGGCCGCGGGCGACUUCCUCACCAAGAACGCCCCCGAGAGCGUCGGCAUGGCCUGGUAUGCCAUUAAGCUCACCUUGACGGCUAUCCACAGCAAUUACGAUCUCUACACCUUCUUUGGCACCGGCCUGAGCGAUGUUAGCGAGAUCAUGAUCAUCGUGCGCCACUAUGAUCGGCUAUACGAUGAGAGGUCCAAGCCGCAGUGGAAGCCGAGCCCUCUGGUCGAGAAGUUGUUCCAGGACGUCAUCGGCGCCUACGCUGCCGUGCUUGACUUCUGUUUUGCCAUCAAGCGUCACCUGACCGCAGGGACAGUGCGGCACAUCCAGGACUUCCAGGACACCCAGAGGAAGUUGCACGAGGACGCUAUGGCGAGAUUUGACGUCUUGCUGAAGGGGCUGGAUGACAUUCGGGCGUCGACCAAGCGCAAGACCCAGUGGGACUAUGCUGUGCAAGACUUCCAGACCUACCAAGAGGCCUUGGAUCCACUAAAAGGUUCUUUCCGGCUUCUCGGAGACACCAUCGACGCGGUGUACCCCGGCACUUGCGAGUGGGUGUUUGAGGAUAGGCUCUACGAGCAGUGGGUGGGCGCAGCAGACAACGCCAUGCUCUGCAUUACCGGGUCAGAAGGAUCUGGCAAGUCAUAUGUCGUGGCAUCCAUCGCCAACCGCAUCAACCGCACGCCUGAUCCCGACGAGGCCCUCUUGUACGUUGCAUGCAGCGGCUCAACGACUAGUGCCGGGCUCGGCAGCAACCAAUCGUACACGGCAGAUAGUAUCUGCCGGACCUUGCUAUCCCAACUUUACGAUUUCGCCGUGCAGGGCGAAGACAAUGUGGGCCUGUUGGAGACCUGCAACGGCAUCUUUAAGAAGGCGAAAGCCAAAGUCAGCGGCCUGCCGGCUCACAUGCGAUCCGAGAGCGAUGGCCUGCCGGAGUUUGCCGAUGGUUUCACGCGGCUUGCUGCUCUCCUCAACAAGAAGUUGGUUCUUGUUCUGGACGGCCUCGACGGAAACACGCUAGAGGACAAAGACCAGGAUGAGCUUCUGCGGAAAGUACCCGAACAAGAAGCGGCGAAGGUAGCCAUCCUGGAGAAGGCCGGCUCCCGAUUCCUCUACGUUCGGGAUACCGCCAUCCCGUUCAUGCUCGAGCCCUUCCAGCGACCUUUGUCGAAGCGGCUCGAGACUCUCCCAGACGGGAUCAGCGACGUGUACAAGAAAGCACUGAGCAAGAUGAGCCCAAAUUAUUUGGAUCUCCUUCGCACGGCUCUUACCUGGACACUUCUUGCUCCCGAAUUCCCCGGAUACCCCCAUGCCAGAGAGAUCAUGGAUGCUUUCCAGGGAACGUAUGACUUUCCCGCUGAGGUGGGACUUGAAGACGGUGUGGAGGCCGAGUUCCCUGUGGCAUCCCGUCUGGAGCUGGAGCAGCUCCGAGCGGCAACCGACCCGUUCUUGCGACUGAUCCCGGAGAACGAUGGCAGGGUUUGGGUGUUUGAGUCCGACACGGUCGCCGUUUGUGACUACUUUUUGAAGAAUAGUGAGGACGUCCAACCCGAGGUGGAAGAGCACGAGCACGUUUGUGCGCGAUGCGGGUCUGCCGAGUCACCAGCCACGCAGCUGUACAUCGACCCCAAGCAAGGGAAUCUUCAGAUGGCGCUGACUUGCUUGCGGCACUUGAACAACCCCCUGUUUCAGCAAAGGGCGGGUUUGAGAACCGCCGGCGAGCAGCCGGAGGAGCAAGGUGAUGCCGAUACUGAAGACGCGAGCGCGGCAGGUGUCACAUCAACGGGUGAGAACGGGGACCCGGAGCCCAUGGAUGUAGAGGCGGAAGACGAGGCGGACGGCGAGAAAGAGCAUGUGACGACUGUGGACGAUUACCUUCAAGAAGCCCAGGAUGGCUACGCCACGGAAGACUCCGUCGAUGACGAGGACGUCAUCAAACCUCACUACCUCGAUGAGGACCCAGAGGACGCCAACGCGUCUGGCCAGGGAAGUGAGGACGAAGGUCCCACACGUGUUCGGUACGAAAUUCAGUACUGGCCCUGGCAUUUGGCCAAGGCGGAGGCCUUCUGGCCCGCCGAGGAACGAGAGAACAACGAAGACUGGGCAGCCCUGAUGAAAGAGUUGGACAAGUUCGUGUUCGACACCCCCGAGGUAUUUGCCGCUUGGCAGGGAAAGUACCCCGAGAAGGAGGAUGAAUAUGACCUCUUUCGUGUCGCCGGUGGGCCGCACAAGGCGUUGCACGUUGCCGCGUAUCUGGGCCUGACCACCUGGACGAGGCACCUCCUCGAUCGCGGAGAGAAGUUGGACGAGCUCUCGGAAGGGUACAGCCCUCUCCAAGCAGCUGCGUGUUCCGAGACAACGCUUGAUACGGUGAAGAUGUUGUUGAAUGAAGGAGCUGACGUCAACGCCGAGAACGGGGUGGAGCGCAGUGCGUUCCAUCUCUGGCUGAUCCGCGGCGACAUCACGCUGGAGGGUGUCCAGAUGCUCCUGGACCAUGGUGCUGAUGUGAAGGUCCCCUGCACGAGAGUCAGUUACAGUGCACUGCAGUAUUUUGCCAACAGGGGAGAAGAUCCCGCCAUCCUCGACCUCUUGCUGGCGCAGGGGGCGGACAUCAAUGCAGUCCAUCCCGGGGACGACUGGCUGAUGCCGCCUCUUCAUGUCCUGCUGAUGAGACGAGAUGUGCCCGAGCAGCUGCUGGACGCUUUUAUCAAGCACAACGCCGACACCAAUUCGGAGAACGCGGCUUCCGCCCGGCCUUUACAGAUGAUCUCUACCAACGGUCAGCUCGAGAAUCUCAAGAUCCUGCUGAAGUCGGACAAGCUUGAGAUUGACGACACAGAUUUCCACGGCACCACUGCCGUGCACGAAGCCGCCUUUUUCAACUACAGCAAGUGCGUGGACGCACUACUCGGGCGGGGCGCGGACCCGGACAUCACAGACAAGCUCAACCGCGUCGCCCUGCACACGGCCGCGCGGAAGGGCUUUGCUAACAGCGUCCGCGUCCUCCUCAAGUACACCAAACAGGCCAACCUCCACGACAAGCAGGGCUGGACGCCGCUCUUUUGCGCGUGCCUCAGCAAGGACCAAGAAUCCGCCCUGCUGAUCCUCGAUGCCCUCCUCGCGCUCAACCUUCCCCUCUCCGAGAUCAACAUCACCACCCGCUCAGGGCGCACCGUGCUGCGCCAAGCGGCCGACCACGGCUUCACGACGGUAGUCACGCGGCUCCUCGAGCUGGGGGCGGCAGAAACAACAACAACAACAACAACAACAACGACCGACACCCCCUCCCCCCCACCGACCCCCAACCCCGCCCUCCUCCUCGACACACCCGACACCAAAAAAGGCAUGACCCCCCUCCACCGCGCCGCCGCCAACGGCCACGCCACCUGCGUCCACCUCCUCCUCACCGCCGGCGCCAACCCCUCCCUCCCCGACACCCACUCCCACACCCCCCUCGCCCUCGCCCACCAACAAUGGGCCAUCAACACCAAAACCACCGCCUACGAAGACAUCCUCACCCAGCUCAUCGACGCCGCCCCGGCCGCCGCCGCCGCCGACGCCGACCUCGUCGCCGUGUGCGCCGCCAACGGCAGCGUGUCCCUGCUGGAGCGCCUGUGGCGGCUGCACGCCGAUCUGAACAGGCCCGACCGGUACGGGUGGACGCCGCUGGCGCUGGCGCGGCAGUUUGGGCGCGGGGAGGCCGAGGGGUUCCUGAAGCGGCAGGCGGCGUGGGCGAACCUGUUGCCGGGGCGGUGGGAGACGGGGUUUCCGGGGACGACGCCGUUGGGGGCGGGGAGUGUGGCAGAGGGGGGGAGGAGGGUGGUGCAUACGAGUGGGAAGCGGGUUUGUGUGUCGGCGGAUCGGCCGCUGCCGGCGGGGUUGGAGAGGUAUUAUUUUGAGGUUUCUUUGUUCGGGGAGGUGGGGGCUGUGGAGGGGGGGAAGGAGUGGCCUGAGAUGGCGGUGGGGUUUUGUACGCUGGGUGGUGCGGCGUUGGAGUUUCCGGGUUGGUGGGCGGCGAGUGACAGUCCGUCGACGGCGAGAUCGAUAGGGAAGAUUUUGUGGAGGUUACAAUUGAUGAGUUGAAGUAUCGGGUUGGGGAUACGGUUGGGGCUGGGGUCGAUUUGGCCAAAGGAGAGAUCUGGUUCACUCGGAAUGGAGUACGGUUGGAGAGUGUGUUGAAGGGGGUUGAGGGACGCUUGUUCCCCGUUGUAGGGUUGCAUGAUGGGGUGUCCUUUGAGACGAAUUUUGGGAGGGAAGGAGAUGGGGAAUUCAAGUGGAAAGUCGAAAUUGGAGAGAAGAAGGUGCAGGAAACGAAGGGAAAAAAGGACAGCGCGGUGACGGAGGUCGUUCUACUCGGUGGCAAACCAGAGGACGAUGAGAAGCAGGCGACCGUUCAAGUCACGAGCGAGGUAGUCAUGGUUAGCUAGUUUGCCCGUUGAUG